GCUCGACAUCAUGGCGAGAUCUUCAGAAGCGAGUGAGCGAGCGAGAACUUUCCGGUCUCCACCCCGCCAGCGCCAUGUUGGUUCGGCAUCCACUGUCUCGGCUGACGUCUGCUUAUAGGGACAAGUACCUUGACGGAGCUCCGAUUAGUGACUACGACAAAAAAUGGAGGAAGAACGAGGGCUUCAACGCGCCCCGUUUCUACUACUGGUACAAUUAUUGGAUCCCAACUCUGAUCUCCUCGGGGAGGCUGGUUCCUUCGGAGGAGUUCCUCAAGAGGGUCAACGACGGUCGGAGCAUUCAAAGGACCGGAAGCGUCGGCAUAGCUAACCUACGGGAUGCUGUUAUGGACGUCUACGGGGGUAAAGACAUUCAGAAGCAGUUUAGCAACGCCACUUUCACCUUUCGGGAGUUUCUGGAAUUUAUUCUUUGGGUGGACGAACUGGGUAUGCGGGACCUGCACUGGGGCACGUACACAGAGCAGUGCCUCCCUUGCCAGGAGGACUAUGAGUACAUCCUUCACCUAGAGACAGUAGAUGCAGAAUCUAGAGUACUUCUGCAGGAUGUAGGAUACCCAGAGGAUAUCCGCUUGGCCACCAAGCACAGGACGAAGGGCCUCUCUCACACGUUAAGCACUAAUGAUCUCGAGUAUUAUAAGAACCUUCCCAAAAGUUUAGUGAACAGAAUUCUUAAAUUCUAUGAAUAUGAUUUCGAUCUUUUUGGUUACAGCAAAGAUAUACUGACAGUGUAACCAUCAAGAAAAGUAAUGUGAAUAGAUACGUACUGAUGGUGUGACAAAAAAAGAAAUUCGCUUUGACACUUUGAUGUAAUUUUUUGAAAGGUAGCCAGCAGAGCGUACUUUUACACUAUCAAUUUAAUCAGCGUCCAGUAUCUUUAUUUUUUCAGUGUCAGACCAACCUUGCAUUGUAACUAAUGAGAGGAUAUAGAAAUUCUGACCUUUGGUAUCUUUGCUUCAGUAGAUAUAAAAUGUUACGAGGAGGACGAAAGAAAAUUAAUGUUUCUCUCUUUGGGCUUCUUCAAGGCUAGCAGUGACACCCCUAGCUUCGUCCUGACC